UUAUGAAACAAGUCACGUGACAAGACCCUGGCCAAUCAGAAUGAAGCUCUCACUUCCGACUCUCGCGUGCAUUCCUCCGACUCAGACACUGGAGUAGCCGCACGAGCAGGUCUCAUCACUGUGUGUUUAAGAUGCACGUCGACACUUACGUCAUUACUGGAGGCGGAGGAUAUUUUGGCUUCCGCCUUGCUUGCUCUCUCAGCAAGAAGUCCUUCAGAGUCGUCCUGUUUGAUGCGAGGUCUCCUAGUGAAGCGUUGCCCGAGGGCGUGGAGUUCAUCCAGGGUGACGUUCGGGAUUUCACGCAGGUGGUAAACGCAUUGCGCGGCGCAGACUGCGUUUUCCACAUCGCGUCGUACGGGAUGUCCGGGAGAGAGCAACUCAACAGGAAGCUGAUUGAAGAGGUAAACCUUCAGGGGACGGAAAAUGUUAUUCAGGCGUGCGUGGAUCUCCAGGUUCCUCGACUGGUAUACACCAGCACCUUCAACGUGGUCUUCGGUGGCCAGGUCAUAAAAAACGGUGACGAAACACUUCCUUAUCUGCCUUUACACCUCCAUCCGGACCACUACUCCAGGACCAAGUCAUUGGCAGAAACACGGGUGCUAAAGGCUAAUGGAUCGCAUCUAGCGGGUGAAGGUGGGGUCUUGCGCACGUGCGCCCUCCGUCCGGCUGGGAUUUACGGCCCGGGAGAGGAGCGACAUCUUCCUAGGAUUGUGGGAUACAUCGAGCGUGGCCUCUUUAAGUUUGUGUAUGGGGAUCCUGAGAGUCUAGUGGAGUUUGUCCACGUUGAUAACCUAGUCUCUGCGCACGAGUUAGCUGCGGAAGCGCUAACGGAUAAACGUCAGCACCGUGCUGCCGGACAGGCUUACUUUAUCUCAGACGGCAGGCCGAUCAACAACUUUGAGUUCUUUAGGCCGUUAGUGGAAGGUCUGGGUUACUCUUUCCCCAAGCUACGGCUUCCGGUUUCUCUCAUUUACUUCUUUGCGUUCCUCACAGAGAUUGUUCACAGCGUCAUCGGCCGUGUCUACAACUUCCAACCUCUUCUGACGCGUGCUGAAGUUUACAAGACUGGAGUCACACACUAUUUCAGUAUGGAGAAGGCCAGAGCCGAGCUCGGUUACAACCCCAAGAAGUAUGACCUUGGAGAAGUGGUGGAGUGGUUCAGGAGCAGAGGGCAUGGGAAAAAGCAAGUCACUUCGCCCAUUAAAAAACUGAUCCUCGACGCUGUGCUGUUUCUUAUCUUUGUGGCGUUGGUUCUCUCUUUCCUGCCAGUCGUGGGUCAAUAAAGUGCCACAGCAGA